AUGCCUGAUUUAACAUGGCUCUUUUGUUGGCCGCCUCUUUGUCCCGGAGCCCUUUCUCACCGCGCAGGGGGCUCUCAUUGUGGCCGGGGCCGCGAGCCAAUCACGGGCCGGUAUUAUCCCUCCGUGACGGCGUGUCUUUGGGCAAGACGGUCGGGCUGUCAGCUCUGUGUCCCAGGAGCAGAGGCACAGGCAGGGGCCACCUCCUCCACGGCUCCUCACCUCCGCUACGGCAUGCCAGGGCUGGAGGGUAGCAACCCAGGGAGAGAGGGAGAGAGGGAGGGGGGCUGGUUGAGGGAGAGAGGGGGAUAG